CUUCCACCACUUAGAAGUGGCAUGGCACUGCUGGCCGAUACCGGAGAUCCUGAAGAUGAGCCAUACGGUACAUUUUUAUUCCAGGCCGAAGUGUCUGUUCUUUUUCACGCUACCGCAAUUUACGUAGGCUUCCAGACUACUAUACAUAUUGGCAGUAUUCGGCAAACAGCAAUAAUAAGAGCAAUCGAGGAGCGUGAAAAAAUGGGUACCAAUGACAGCGCUUCAGUGUUGUUCCAAUUCGUCGGACAUCCUGAAUUUGUCCGGCCAGGUAUGCGUAUGCUGUUUCGCGAGGGCACAAGCAAAGGAAUUGGUGUGGUUACGAAAGUAUUUCCGCUCAACAAAUCCGCCGGAUAAAAUGUUGAAAGGAAUUACCUUUAAACUUAAAUCUCAUUUGACUUGCGAAUUAUUGAUAAAUUAAAUAA